UUGCUCACUAGAUCAAUUAAUUUUGCAGGGACUACUGAUUUUACUUCGCUUGGCAAUAUAAUCGUAGAGAGAACUUUUGACAAUAAUUACACUGCUCAUUUUCAAGCAACGAUAAAUCCAAGUAAAUGGCGGCAAGAUCUCAUUGAAGCUGCAGAAAAUGGAUGGAUUUAUCGUGUUAGAGCUGACAAGAAUAAUGAAUAUGUACAGAGUUUCAAUGAACCGUGCUUGAUGUUAAAAGUCAAUGGAGCUCAUCAUUUCCGAUUAUUGUUGGACUCUGCUCGUCAAGAAUUGCAGUCUUUGACAGUAUUUCCUGAGAAUUUAUUUUCUGUUGGACCAAAUUAUCAUAUCUGUGAGACUGAAUCGUUUGAAGAUAUAAACAAGAUUCGAGGAUCAGUUGCAGUAGAUACGAUUAAAGAAUUACCUUUGCCGGACACUAUUUCAUAUAUUCAAAAAAUGGAAAAGGAACGACAAUCAAGGCAACAUGGCGCUCAGCAAGACAAACGGUCGUUUAUUCAAAAAUAUUGGAUGUACAUUGUAGCAGCAAUAGUUUUCAUGGUUAUUUCAAAUGCAGCGGCAGGUGAACAAAGUGGAGAGUGA